GCGCGGUGGGCGUGAUCCGGGCACUUAGGGCAGGAUGAACGCUGCUUUCCAAGAUGGCGACGGAGGGAGGAGGGAAGGAGAUGAACGAGAUUAAGACCCAGUUCACCACCCGGGAAGGUCUGUACAAGCUGCUGCCUCACUCGGAGUACAGCCGGCCCAACCGGGUACCCUUCAACUCGCAGGGAUCCAACCCUGUCCGCGUCUCCUUCGUAAACCUCAACGACCAGUCUGGCAACGGCGACCGCCUCUGCUUCAAUGUGGGCCGGGAGCUCUACUUCUACAUCUACAAGGGGGUCCGCAAGGCUGCUGACUUGAGUAAACCAAUAGAUAAAAGGAUAUACAAAGGAACACAGCCUACUUGUCAUGACUUCAACCACCUAACAGCCACAGCAGAAAGUGUCUCUCUCCUAGUGGGCUUUUCCGCAGGCCAAGUCCAGCUAAUAGACCCAAUCAAAAAAGAAACUAGCAAACUAUUUAAUGAGGAAAGACUAAUAGACAAGUCACGAGUAACCUGUGUCAAAUGGGUUCCCGGUUCGGAAAGCCUUUUCCUAGUAGCCCAUUCAAGUGGGAACAUGUACUUGUAUAAUGUGGAGCACACUUGUGGCACCACAGCCCCCCACUACCAGCUUCUGAAGCAGGGCGAGAGCUUUGCCGUGCACACUUGCAAGAGCAAAUCCACAAGGAACCCUCUCCUUAAGUGGACGGUGGGCGAGGGAGCCCUCAACGAGUUUGCUUUCUCCCCAGAUGGCAAGUUCUUGGCGUGUGUGAGCCAGGACGGGUUUCUGCGGGUGUUCAACUUUGACUCAGUGGAGCUGCACGGCACCAUGAAAAGCUACUUUGGAGGCUUGCUGUGCGUGUGCUGGAGCCCAGACGGCAAGUACAUUGUGACAGGCGGAGAGGAUGACCUGGUCACAGUCUGGUCUUUUGUAGACCGCCGGGUGAUAGCUAGAGGCCACGGGCACAAGUCCUGGGUCAGUGUGGUGGCAUUUGAUCCCUAUACCACUAGUGUAGAAGAAAGUGACCCUAUGGAGUUUAGUGGCAGUGACGAGGACUUCCAAGACCUUCUUCACUUUGGCAGAGAUCGAGCAAAUAGCACACAAUCCAGGCUCUCCAAACGGAACUCUACAGAGAGCCGCCCCGUCAGUGUUACGUACCGGUUUGGCUCCGUGGGCCAGGAUACGCAGCUCUGCCUGUGGGACCUAACGGAAGACAUCCUUUUCCCUCACCAGCCCCUCUCGAGAGCAAGGACACACACAAAUGUCAUGAAUGCCACAAGUCCUCCUUCUGGGGGCACUGGGAACAGUGUCACAAGCCCGGGCAACUCUGCGCCCCCUCCGCUGCCACGGUCCAACAGCCUCCCCCAUGCCGCUGUGUCCAGUGCCAGCAGCAAGAGCAGUGUGGCGGACGGGGCCGUUGCCUCUGGGGCCAGCAGAUUCGCGACGCUCUCACUGCAUGACCGGAAGGACAGGCACCAUGAGAAGGACCACAAGCGGAACCACAGCAUGGGGCACAUUUCUAGCAAGAGCAGCGACAGACUGAACCUAGUUACUAAGACGAGAACGGACCCCGCCAAAACUCUGGGAACACCCCUGUGUCCACGAAUGGAAGACGUUCCCUUGUUAGAGCCGCUCAUCUGUAAAAAGAUAGCACAUGAAAGGCUGACUGUGUUAAUUUUUCUUGAAGACUGUAUAGUCACUGCUUGUCAGGAGGGAUUUAUUUGCACAUGGGGAAGGCCUGGUAAAGUGCCAGCAGAGCACGUCUCCUGCAGUCAGGAGCACAGAACGCAGGGUGUUCUCCGAGACCAGGACUAAAGUGGCCGUCAUCUU